AUGCAUUCUAGAAUCCUAUGCUUCUUCGCCAGCGCAGCGCUCGCUGCGUCUUCACUGCCUUUCGGUCAAGUGGGACCGAAUAAUGCAGUCUUGUUCUUCAACGGAUUCCACUUCGUCAACGGGGAAAUGUCUCACCAGAUGCAAGCCAACCAUCAUUGCGCUAUCAUAAGCGAUGACUUUAUCCAAUGCAUCAUUUACGAUCCGCACUACAGCCCCGCGAGACUGCGCGGCAUCGAGUAUAUUGUAUCACAAGACGCCUUUAUGAACAUGACGGCAGAAGAGAAGCAGCUUUGGCAUAGCCAUUCGUACGAAGUCACCUCCGGAUCCCUAAUCCAACCUGGGAUGCCCACUCCCGUCGACGAUGCAAUUAUGAAGACGCUGGUAACAACGUAUGGGAAAACGUUUCAUACCUGGAGAUGGGAUGAGAGGAACAACACCCUACCUCUGGGCAUUCCAGAGCUCGUCAUGGGUUUUACGGAAGAUGGCCAACUUCGCAAUAAUGAGACCUAUGUGCGGGAUGAAGCAUUGGCAGUCAAUUCCACGGCUGUGCGUGCUCAUCGUGCCGAAGUAAUUCAACCGAUAGUUCCCUUGGAGGGGGCAGACUCUUGGGAGAAUGGAUAUUGUGUUCAGCUGGCGUUGGUGAAUAGAACCUGUCAUUGA